AUGUCGGCAGUCACACAAGGCUCCGAGCCCCUGCAUAAGGCAUGCGAUACGUGCAGAGCCAGGAAAACGCGAUGUAAAAUCUCGGGCAGCACGGAUGCCUGCGACUUCUGCCUGUCCCAGCACCGUCCCUGCUCCUUUACUCCAGUCAAGCGACCAAGGAAGCGCAAGUAUGACACAUCAGUAUUCAUACCACUGUCCCCGACAUACCAACAGUCCGUUCGUGACUUUCCUGGCCCACAGCUAGGCUCCGAAAAUGUGGGCUAUCAGCAGCCGGGACUGUAUAUCGACUCUUUACUUGCAAAUCGCCAAGCCUCACGCAUACAUGGGGGUGCCAGUCAUCCAGAUCAGCUGACCACUAUCUUUGGCCCGAAUCCCAACAUCUCCUUCUUCCCUGAGCGACGGGUUCGCGCCAUCAGUCAGCGGUUGGGUCACAAUCGGCUCGAUCAGUUACUAGAUGAAAUACGCGCAGUGGUUGCAACAAAGGUCAAGAAUACCUGUGCAAUCCCUCAGUCAUAUAUACAACGACAUCUGGGCACGGGAAAGAUUGAAGAAGUCCCCAGUCGUGACAUUAUUUAUGGACAUAUUUCUGGUACCUGCGCCUUGACUGCCCGCCCCUAUUCUCUUGCUGACAAGUAUAACCCUCUUGCAGCGUACUUUGACACGGUACAUCCGAUCUAUCCAUUUCUUUGUCCAAAUACUUUCCGUGCGCGAGCAACGUCGCAGGAACUGGUCCAAUCACUAGGUACAGAUAAAGUUUGGGCAGCACUAUUCUAUGCAAUAUUGGCGAUCGGGUGCCAAAACAACGAGGGAGGAAGCUAUGAUACUGGUGUAGGGGAAGCGUGGUCAUAUUUCGAACGGUCGUUGUCCUGUUUCCAGGAUCUCCUCUUUGGUAGAGGCUCAUUGACUGCAGUUCAAGCUGUAUUCUCAUCGACAGUCUCCGCGUUCAAUUUCGAACCCUUAAUGCUGACUGAGGCCGCCGUUAUGGCACAAGGUUUGGGAUAUCAUCGUUCGAAUAGUGCACAGGAAGGACCAUGCCGUCGCACGUUCUGGGUGCUCUAUUACAUGGAGAAGACGUCCUGCUUUGCGACUGGUAAAACUUCGGUAGUGGACGACGCCAACAUAAGCUGUGCUAUCCCGGAUAUGACAGAGUCCACUUUUCAUGACUAUGACUGGUUCUUCAACUUCGUCAAAUAUGCUCGUCUGGUCUCCAAGAUCCACCAAUCUCUUUUCACAAUCAGCUCUGUUAGUCAACCGUUAUCUACCUACAAUUCUGUAGUUGAGAGCCUACGUAUAGAAUUGGAAGCCUGGCGCGCGAACAUUCCGCCGCGGUUCCGGCCAGGCGAAAAAUUCAAAACUCGUUCUUUGCAAGAGCCCCUGGCAGUCCAAGUCGCUUUGAUUACCCACUUCCUCUACCUCAACGCUCUUCUUACACUGUCGUGGACUGUUCUGCAUUACGGAGCCGUCCGUUUGGGGUCUUCACAGCAAGAGAUUAUGAAGCGAGACCUGAUGCGGACUGCUCGAAGUGUCCUCGAACUCACCGUGCACAUCGAGGUAGCGCCUUCCACACCAGUCUGGAUACUCGCGGUCCUGCCACUAUCGUCUCUGAUGAUCUUAUUCGACCUGGUGGUCCACAACGCCAACCACCCAGAAACUGGCCUCAGCCUCGCUCUCCUUGACAUCGCCGGUGGACACUUUAGUAGGUUGGAAUAUGCCAGCAACGGUGCCCUUCCGGGUUCUCUCAUUGCCGAGUUUGCCCAUCUUGCUCGUCAAUACGUUUCGGAGACCCGCAAACCCAAGUCCAUAUCCAGAGACAACAAUGAGAAUAGCAUUCCAUUUGUGUCUCAGGACCGCGCAGAACCCUCUCCGUCCGCGCCAGAACCCAGGACCAGUACCCUGACUGCGGACCAGACCGAGCUGGCUGUGCCAGCGGUGCUCCCGCAGGAGCCGGAACCUGUCGCCACGAAUGCUCCGGGGGUCAUGCAACCUUGGAGCCCGGCUUCUCUUGAUCGGAGUGAAACGCUUUUUCUACCUUAUAUCGACGAUCCGACUUACUAUUUCGGGGACUUGCAGUUGCUUGGCAUUGAUUUAAAAGAUCUGUUCGAUAAUUCGUAUCAGUUACCGGGAGGCAGCGAUCAUGGGGUGUAGGUCCAACUCAGCGCUAAGUUGUAG